AUGGAGCUGUGCUUCAGAUUUGAGAUUAUCUUUAACAGAAACACAGCAGUUAUGCACGUGAGUGUGCACGUGACCGACGGUCAGGGACAGUUGGAGGCUCUAGUCCCCGAGGCGGACGGCGUCCGGACAGGGGACCCCACGGCCGCCCCCCCGGCGCUCCCCGUCCUGUGGGACGAGCUGCAGGGUCUGAGGGAUCUGGUGCUGAGCCUGAAAGCCGUGGCGGUGGAGCAGCGCCAGGCGCUACGCAGCGUGGAGAGCCGGCUGAGAGACGGCGAGCUGGAGGCCGAGCGCCAGAGACGCAGCGUGGAUGCUCUGCAGGAGACGGCGGGCCGCCAGACACGCAGCGUGGACGCUCUGCAGGAGGCGGCCGUCCAGCAGGGGGAGCAGCUGAGCAGCACGGCGGCGAGGACGGAGGCCGACAGGAAGCUGCUGACGGAGCUGAACUCAGAUCUGAGGAGGAAGCUGGAGGAGCUGGAGACAAAGAGCCGAGUUCGAGACGUGGAGUUUUCGACUCAGGUGUCGGCGCUUCGGCUGAGACUGAACAGCAGCGAGAGCUCGCUGGACGACCUGCAGAGGAAGAACUCAGUGCUGGAGUCCAAGCUGCCGUUUCUUCAGACCAGACUGAGAGCGAGUGAGAGCACGGUGGAGCAGCUGAGGAGGAAGAGUUCAGUGCUGGCGUUGAGACUGUGUCACACUGAGAGUCUGAUGGAGGAGCUGAGGAUUCAGACCUCAGCAUUCCCGGCUUCCAACAGCUCAUCUGAGACGGAGAACUCACACACACGAGCUCUGCAUAGUCGACUGAACUCACUGGAGGAAAAACUGAAUUCUUCUGCCGAGAGACACAAACUCAGCUUCAUACGAGAUGCGGUGUCAGAGAUCAGCAGCAGACUGGACGAGCUGAACAGAAACUCUGCAGCUCUGGAGGUCAGACUGAGUGACGAUGAGACACAGCUGGAAGAUCUGAAGACAGAAAACACAGAGCUGGAGGUCAGACUGAGUGACAGCGAGAAACAGCUGGAAGAUCUGAAGACAGAAAACUCAGAGCUGGAGGUCAGACUGAGUGACAGCGAGAAACAGCUGGAAGAUCUGAAGGCAGAAAACACAGUUCAGUCUGAUCAACUUUCUUUGAUGGAGUCCAGACUGAUAGACAGACACAACAACACUACAGCUCUGGAGGUCAGACUGAGUGACAGCGAGAAACAGCUGGAAGAUCUGAAGAAAGAAAACACAGAGCUGGAGGUCAGACUGAGUGACAGCGAGAAACAGCUGGAAGAUCUGAAGACAGAAAACUCAGUUCAGUCUGAUAAACUUUCCUUGAUGGAGUCCCGACUGACAGACGGACACAACAACACUACAGCUCUGGAGGUAAGACUGAGAUCCACUCAGACACAGCUGGAACAGCUGGAGAAUCACACUGCAGCUCUGGAGGUCAGACUGAGUGACAGCGAGAAACAGCUGGAAGAUCUGAAGACAGAAAACACAGUUCAGUCUGAUAAACUUUCCUUGAUGGAGUCCAGACUGACAGACGGACACAACAACACUGCAGCUCUGGGGGUAAGACUGAGAUCCACUCAGACACAGCUGGAACAGCUGGAGAAUCACACUGCAGCUCUGGAGGUCAGACUGAGUGACGAUGAGACACAGCUGGAAGAUCUGAAGACAGAAAACACAGAGCUGGAGGUCAGACUGAGUGACAGCGAGAAACAGCUGGAAGAUCUGAAGACAGAAAACUCAGAGCUGGAGGUCAGACUGAGUGACAGCGAGAAACAGCUGGAAGAUCUGAAGGCAGAAAACACAGCUCUGGAGGUCAGACUGAGUGUUAAUGAGAAACAGCUGGAAGAUCUGAAGACAGAAAACUCAGUUCAGUCUGAACAGCUUUCCUCGUUGGAGUCCAGACUGAAUAUCACACACAAAAACACUGCAGAGCUGGAGGUCAGACUGAGUGUCGGUGAGAAACAGCUGGAAGAUCUGAAGACAGAAAACUCAGUUCAGUCUGAUAAACUUUCCUUGAUGGAGUCCAGACUGACAGACGGACACAACAACACAACAGCUCUGGAGGUAAGACUGAGAUCCACUCAGACACAGCUGGAACAGCUGGAGAAUCACACUGCAGCUCUGGAGGUCAGACUGAGUGACGAUGAGACACAGCUGGAAGAUCUGAAGACAGAAAACACAGCUCUGGAGGUCAGACUGAGUGUCGGUGAGAAACAGCUGGAAGAUCUGAAGACAGAAAACUCAGUUCAGUCUGAUAAACUUUCCUUGAUGGAGUCCCGACUGACAGACGGACACAACAACACUACAGCUCUGGAGGUAAGACUGAGAUCCACUCAGACACAGCUGGAACAGCUGGAGAAUCACACUGCAGCUCUGGAGGUCAGACUGAGUGACGAUGAGACACAGCUGGAAGAUCUGAAGACAGAAAACACAGCUCUGGAGGUCAGACUGAGUGUCGGUGAGAAACAGCUGGAAGAUCUGAAGACAGAAAACUCAGAGCUGGAGGUCAGACUGAGUGACAGCGAGAAACAGCUGGAAGAUCUGAAGACAGAAAACACAGUUCAGUCUGAUAAACUUUCCUUGAUGGAGUCCCGACUGACAGACGGACACAACAACACUACAGCUCUGGAGGUAAGACUGAGAUCCACUCAGACACAGCUGGAACAGCUGGAGAAUCACACUGCAGCUCUGGAGGUCAGACUGAGUGACGAUGAGACACAGCUGGAAGAUCUGAAGACAGAAAACACAGUUCAGUCUGAUCAACUUUCUUUGAUGGAGUCCAGACUGAUAGACAGACACAACAACACUACAGCUCUGGAGGUCAGACUGAGUGACAGCGAGAAACACCUGGAAGAUCUGAAGACAGAAAACUCAGAGCUGGAGGUCAGACUGAGUGACAGCGAGAAACAGCUGGAAGAUCUGAAGACAGAAAACUCAGAGCUGGAGGUCAGACUGAGUGACAGCGAGAAACAGCUGGAAGAUCUGAAGACAGAAAACACAGUUCAGUCUGAUAAACUUUCCUUGAUGGAGUCCCGACUGACAGACGGACACAACAACACUACAGCUCUGGAGGUAAGACUGAGAUCCACUCAGACACAGCUGGAACAGCUGGAGAAUCACACUGCAGCUCUGGAGGUCAGACUGAGUGACGAUGAGACACAGCUGGAAGAUCUGAAGACAGAAAACACAGUUCAGUCUGAUCAACUUUCUUUGAUGGAGUCCAGACUGAUAGACAGACACAACAACACUACAGCUCUGGAGGUCAGACUGAGUGACAGCGAGAAACACCUGGAAGAUCUGAAGACAGAAAACUCAGAGCUGGAGGUCAGACUGAGUGACAGCGAGAAACAGCUGGAAGAUCUGAAGACAGAAAACUCAGAGCUGGAGGUCAGACUGAGUGACAGCGAGAAACAGCUGGAAGAUCUGAAGACAGAAAACACAGUUCAGUCUGAUAAACUUUCCUUGAUGGAGUCCCGACUGACAGACGGACACAACAACACUACAGCUCUGGAGGUAAGACUGAGAUCCACUCAGACACAGCUGGAACAGCUGGAGAAUCACACUGCAGCUCUGGAGGUCAGACUGAGUGACGAUGAGACACAGCUGGAAGAUCUGAAGACAGAAAACACAGUUCAGUCUGAUCAACUUUCUUUGAUGGAGUCCAGACUGAUAGACAGACACAACAACACUACAGCUCUGGAGGUCAGACUGAGUGACAGCGAGAAACACCUGGAAGAUCUGAAGACAGAAAACUCAGAGCUGGAGGUCAGACUGAGUGACAGCGAGAAACAGCUGGAAGAUCUGAAGACAGAAAACACAGUUCAGUCUGAUCAACUUUCUUUGAUGGAGUCCAGACUGACAGACGGACACAACAACACUACAGGGCUGGAGGUCAGACUGAGUGUUAGUGAGAAACAGCUGGAAGAUCUGAAGACAGAAAACUCAGUUUUCAGCGUCAGACUAAAUGAAACUGACGAAAUUCUGCAGCAGCUUAAAAACACCAACUCAGAGCUGGAGGUCAGACUGAGUGACAGCGAGAAACAGCUGCAAGAUCUGAAGACAGAAAACACAGAGCUGGAGGUCAGACUGGGUGACGAUGAGAAACAGCUGGAAGCUCUGAAGGCAGAAAACACAGGGCUGGAGGUCAGACUGAGUGUUAGUGAGAAACAGCUGGAAGAUCUGAAGACAGAAAACUCAGUUUUCAGCGUCAGACUAAAUGAAACUGACGAAAUUCUGCAGCAGCUUAAAAACACCAACUCAGAGCUGGAGGUCAGACUGAGUGACAGCGAGAAACAGCUGCAAGAUCUGAAGACAGAAAACACAGUUCAGUCUGAUCAACUUUCCUUGAUGGAGUCCAGACUGACAGACGGACACAACAACACUACAGAGCUGGAGGUCAGACUGAGUGUUAGUGAGAAACAGCUGGAAGAUCUGAAGACAGAAAACUCAGUUUUCAGCGUCAGACUAAAUGAAACUGACGAAAUUCUGCAGCAGCUUAAAAACACCAACUCAGGUGAGCUGAAGGUGGCGUUCUCGGCCGGUCUGACUGAUUCAGGAGCAGUCGGACCGUUCGACACGGAGACGACUCUGACCUUCUCCAAAACCAUCUCCAACAUCGGCCGAGCCUACAACCAGACUGCAGGUGUGUUCACGGCUCCCGUCAGAGGACUUUACUUCUUCAGCUUCACGGCUGCAGAUUACCUGAAGGGUUACAUGGGUCUCUACCUGUACAGGAACAACCAGCCAAUCCUCUUCAACCUGGACCUGAACGACCACGGCGGCUACGCGUCAACGUCCAACGCCAUCGCUCUACAGCUAGAGGAGGGUGACAAGGUCCGCCUCAGUCUGCCGGCCAGCUACCGGCUCUACGACGACUCCCGAAACUUCAGCGUCUUCUCCGGCUUCCUGCUAUUCGCCCUCUGACGGGACAGUCCCAGCAUCAGGGUACGAGUGAGACAUCCUGUCUGCAUAAACUAUCCUUGCAGCUGUCAGAUUGGACCGAAAACACUGGACUUUUAUUUUGGUAGUGACUUCCUGUGGUUACAACCAAGAUGGACGUGUUUACAUCAAUGAAGCUCAUAAAUAUUAAAAGGUAAGCUGGUUUUUAUUCCACCCUGGACCCUAUUCUCCAUGUUUGUGUGUCUGAGUGUCUGAUGGAACAACAAUCUGUGAAACUGGUCCAGUAUUAAACCAGAA